UGCGGCUGCGUGCGGCCGCCCCAAGCCCGGGCGAGUUUCUCGUCCCUUCCCCGGGGCUGCCGCGAUUUCCAUUAAUAGCCAGCUGAGCGUCCCGGCUAAAAAUAACCCCGGGCCCUCUUCAUAAGGCCCCGGCGGCCGCCCCCAAGGCAGCCCCACACACGCCAUGGCCGAGCGCCGCGUCCCCUUCACCUUCCUGCGCAGCCCCAGCUGGGACCCCUUCCGCGACUGGUACCAUGGCAGCCGCCUCUUCGACCAGUCCUUCGGGAUGCCCCACAUCCCCGAGGAUUGGUACAAGUGGCCCAGCGGCAGCGCCUGGCCGGGAUAUUUCCGCCUGCUGCCCCGGGAGAGCGCCCUGAUGCCGGCGCCAGGCUCGCCCUUCGGCCAGGCGCUGAGCCGCCAGCUCAGCAGCGGCAUCUCCGAGAUCCGCCAGACCGCCGACAGCUGGAAGGUCACCUUGGACGUCAACCACUUCGCACCUGAGGAGCUGGUGGUGAAGACCAAGGAUAAUAUCGUGGAGAUAACCGGCAAACACGAGGAGAAGCAGGAUGAACACGGCUUCAUCUCCAGGUGCUUCACCCGAAAAUACACCCUUCCCCCCGGCGUCGAAGCCACGGCCGUGCGGUCCUCGCUGUCUCCCGAUGGAAUGCUGACGGUGGAGGCUCCCCUGCCCAAACCCGCCAUCCAAUCUGCCGAAAUCACCAUCCCCGUCACCGUGGAGAGCCAAGCCAAGGAGCCGGCCAAGAAGUAGGCGGCGCCGAGGAGGAGGAGACGGAGGAGGAGGAGGAGGAGAAGCCGCCACUGCCCCCCCCGCCGCCCCCAGCUGUCCCCUCACACCCCACCCCCUUUUUACUGUUGAUUUUGUACUCGCCCUGCCACUGAGUGCCUCGAAUAAAUGUGAAGGAACCGACAGAAUCAGCCGGAAUAAAAGCUGGUGAAGGAAA